AUGGCGAGCCAGAUGAGCAACGGCCCCGAAGGCGCCCGCGUCAUUGUGCUGAACGAGUACGACCCUAUCGUCCUAGAGACGUCUUCCGAGCAAAGCAGCAAUUCCGAGCCCAUCAAGUAUCCGAAUACGGAGGAGUUCCUGCACCGCACCAUGCACUGUGAAAUUCCGCCGUCGUCCGCGGAUGUCACCUUCCGCGAUGUUCCCCUGACCUGCGAUGAAAUCGACUUAUACACCCCUCGAUGGCGUCGUGGAAGCUACAAGGACCGCUUCGGUUGGUGCCACUUGUGCGAAAAAGGCGGAUGGUACUCGAUGAAGCGGAGCCAGUAUCUCUACCACAUGCAGGUGUACCAUGGCGUGAGCAACCUCACCAAGGUAGUCAUGCGCGCCACUGUCAUCCGCGGCAUUCUGGUGCGAAAGACGAAAGACCACUCAUGA